AUAUUUUAUUUUAAAAUACGCAAAAAUUGGCUCUCUUAUAAAAGGCAGGCGAAGACGCUUAUUACAGCGCUAGCCGCACGGCAUCUCAAUCUCUCUCUCUCUCUCUCUCUCUGUCUCUCUCUCUCCGAUAAUUCUAGCCAGCCAUGGAUCCUUACAAGCAUCGCCCAUCAAGCGCUUUCAACUCUCCGUACUGGACCACUAAUUCCGGCGCUCCCGUUUAUAACAAUAACGCUUCUCUCACUGUCGGAACUCGAGGCCCCAUCCUACUAGAGGAUUAUCAUUUGGUGGAGAAACUUGCCAACUUUGAUAGGGAGCGCAUUCCUGAACGUGUUGUCCAUGCAAGGGGUGCCAGUGCCAAAGGUUUCUUUGAGGUCACCCAUGAUAUUUCUCAACUUACAUGUGCUGAUUUUCUUCGAGCUCCUGGUGUUCAGACACCUGUAAUUGUUCGAUUCUCCACUGUUAUCCAUGAGCGGGGAAGCCCUGAAACCAUCAGAGAUCCUCGAGGUUUUGCUGUGAAGUUCUACACUAGAGAGGGUAACUUUGAUCUGGUGGGAAACAACUUUCCUGUCUUCUUUGUGCGUGACGGGAUGAAAUUCCCUGACAUGGUCCAUGCGCUAAAACCCAAUCCCAAGUCGCAUAUUCAAGAGAACUGGAGAAUCUUGGACUUCUUCUCCCACCACCCAGAAAGUUUGAACAUGUUCACCUUCCUCUUGGAUGACAUUGGUAUUCCACAAGAUUACAGGCACAUGGAUGGCUCUGGUGUUAACACUUACACAUUGAUCAAUAAGGCUGGGAAGGCACAUUAUGUAAAAUUUCACUGGAAACCUACCUGUGGAGUGAAGUCCUUGUUAGAGGAUGAAGCCAUUAAGAUCGGGGGAGCUAAUCACAGCCACGCCACCCAAGAUCUAUAUGAUUCAAUUGCAGCUGGAAAUUAUCCUGAGUGGAAACUUUUUAUUCAGAUCAUAGACCCUGAUCAUGAGGACAAAUUUGACUUCGACCCACUUGAUGUUACAAAGAUCUGGCCUGAGGACAUUUUGCCGCUGAUGCCAGUGGGUCGCUUGGUCUUGAAUAAGAAUAUUGACAACUUUUUUGCAGAAAAUGAACAGCUUGCUUUUUGCCCAGCUAUUAUUGUUCCUGGUGUUUACUAUUCAGAUGAUAAGCUGCUCCAGACUAGAAUUUUCUCUUAUGCUGAUACCCAAAGGCACCGUCUUGGGCCAAACUAUCUACAGCUUCCAGCUAAUGCUCCUAAGGCUGCACAUCACAACAAUCACCAUGACGGUUUAAUGAAUUUUAUGCACAGGGAUGAGGAGGUCAAUUACUUCCCUUCAAGGUUUGAUCCUGUACGCCAUGCAGAGAGACACCCCAUUCCUCCUCCCAUGUUGACGGGAAAGCGUGAUAGGUGCAUGAUUGAGAAAGAAAACAACUUCAAGCAACCAGGAGAGAGAUAUCGUAGUUUCUGCUCGGGCAGGCAAGAAAGAUUUGUUAAUCGACUUGUUGAUGCGCUAUCUGAUCCUCGUGUGACCCAUGAGAUCCGUAGCAUUUGGAUCUCCUAUUGGAGUCAGGCUGACAAGUCUCUUGGCCAGAAGCUAGCUUCUCGACUCAAUGUAAGGCCAAGCAUAUGAAGUUGGUGCUAUGAGAAGUGCAGAGUUGAGUGUGAGACGAAGCAGCAUAAUUAAAAGCACACACCAGAUGUAUGGAAGUAUAAAAGUAAUGGCGUCUCUCUCUGAACAAUUUGGUCAUGUUGUAAAACUUAGCAAACUUAUAUGGUCCUGUUUGAGUUUCUCCAAACUUGAUGUUGUCGUGAACUUAAUAAAGUACUAAAGUGCAUGUAUACUUGCUAUUGUUUCUGAGUCGAUUCUGUACUCUGCCUUUCUGAUACUUCGGCUCUGACGAGAGGUAAAAUAAUAUCUUAAUUUAAUUCAA